AUGGAAAUUCAACCAACUAAAAUAAAUACAGAGUACUUAGUUCCAAGUCAAAAAAAAGGAACUGAAUUCUUUUAUAUUGUUAAUACAGAAUUCUGUACAUGUACAUGCUUCGUUGGGCUUUCUGGGGCACCAUGUAAACAUCAGAGUGCGGUGGCUACAAAAUAUAAUAUAGAAUUUAUAAACUUUUUUCUAUCUUUAUCACCCAAUGAUCGUGCUUGUUUUGCGUAUGAUUAUGCGAAUAUGGAUGUGAAUACAAGUGUGAAUAUAGAUACGAGUGCAGAUGUAAAUAUGAAUCUAGAUACGAAUAUAGAUGUGAAUGUGAAUAUAGAUGCAAAUGUGAAUGCGGAUAUAGGUGCAAAUGCAGCAACUGAUAUAUAUAAUCCGGAGUUCUUUGAUACAUUUCUUAAAACGAUGAAAGAUGAUUAUAAAUAUUGUAGACCACAACUUCAAGCAGCCCUUGAGAAGUUGGCCGAGAGAUACAAUGCAGCAAAAACUAAGUCUAUCCCAGCAUUAAUAUCCUUUCUCUAUAAUGUGAAUCAUAAUUCGGACCCACUUGUACGUGUAAAGAGUGGUGCAAAAAUUCAUGUACAGGUUGAAUCAGUCAAGUGUAGAAAAACCAAGUCGGGUGUUAAUAAGUCUGGUAGUAAAGAAAACUGUGAUCUACACGUUAUUCCAGCACGCAAAGUUAGGGCAAUUG